AGAGCGCGCAGCAGGUUGGGCCACGAGUGUCAAAGAAGGUUCAAUGGCGUGGCAGGGACUGGCGGCCGAGUUCCUGCAGGUGCCAGCGGUGACGCGGACCUACACCGCGGCCUGUGUCCUUACCACCGCAGCUGUGCAACUGGAGCUCCUCAGCCCCUUCCAGCUCUAUUUCAACCCGCACCUCGUGUUCCGGAAGUUUCAGGUCUGGAGGCUCGUCACCAACUUCCUCUUCUUUGGGCCCCUGGGAUUCAGCUUCUUCUUCAACAUGCUCUUCGUGUUUCGCUACUGCCGCAUGCUGGAGGAGGGCUCCUUCCGUGGCCGCACGGCCGACUUCGUCUUCAUGUUUCUCUUCGGGGGCGUCCUCAUGACCCUGCUGGGGCUCCUGGGCAGCCUGUUCUUCUUGGGCCAGGCCCUCACUGUCAUGCUGGUGUAUGUCUGGAGUCGCCGCAACCCCCGAGUGAGGGUCAACUUCUUUGGCCUCCUCACCUUCCAGGCACCAUUCCUGCCCUGGGCACUCAUGGGUUUCUCACUGCUGCUGGGCAACUCAAUCCUUGUCGACCUGCUGGGGAUUGCUGUGGGCCACGUUUACUACUUCCUAGAGGAUGUUUUCCCCAACCAGCCUGGAGGCAAGAGGUUGCUGCUGACCCCCAGUUUCCUGAAGCUGCUACUGGAUGCCCGAGAGGAGGACCCCAAUUACCUGCCCCUCCCGGAGGAGCAGCCAGGACCCCUGCAGCAAUGACCCUACCCAGGGCCAGGGCCAGCCCAAGAAGCCCGUUUUCCUGGUUUCCGACAGACCUCCCUCCCACCCCUAACUCCCGCUUUCAGGAGAGCAACCUGUCCUGCAGACUGGGCCUGUGCCCAGGGCCCACCCAAAUAAACAGGAUGACCUGCA